ACCUCCAGCUAAUUCCAACCAAUACUAGACGCCAUUGGGCUUUUCCUUAUCCUUUGAGGAAAGCUUGCUUUGACUAGUUCUUGCCAAAAGAAAGCUUGCUUUUACUUGUAUGCUGCUUGUUUAUAUUUUCUCCCUUACAAACAGGUAUGAAGAAUGGUAUUAUAAAUUCGGAUUCCAUAGAAGAGAUUGCAUAGCAGAAAACUAUCAGUGCAGCACAAGGAUAAGCUUUUAGGAAUCUAGAAAGAGAUGUAUGUAACAAGGCCUCUUUCUAUGUACAAAAAGUUUCCUUCAACUCUUGCAUUACCUCCACCCGAGGGUCCCAAUUCCGGUAUUCUGGUAAUCCUAGAUGAAGAAGCAGAACCAACUUGUUGUUUUGGAUUGUGCAAAAGCCAUGAACUAGAUGGCCUGCCUUUCCCUCAAAACAAGAAGAUAGAGCUCCGCUAUUCAAGCGGUUCAGGACAACAUGAACACGUUUAUCAUAAACCUGUUGCAUUCAUUCCUGUUCUUGAUCAGCCGUUGUCCUCUAAUCGGUACUAUGUAUUGAAAUCUCGAGGAAGGCAUAAAGGGGAAGCAUUUACGAAUUCAACAGAGGAGGAUGCUGUCACUUGCUGUUUCUGCAAGUGUUUUCCCGACAUUGAGCCACAGUAUGCAGAUCAUCAUGACAUAUAUCAACAAUUUGAGAUAUGUCCUCGAAGUAGGGGUGGCUUUGUUGCCAAAUCUGUAGCCCCAGAUGGGGUCCCUCCAAAAUUCUUAAGGAGAAAAGGCUGGGGAGUAUCCAUCUCAACUCCUCAUGGUUUCAGAUUAGGUGAAGCACUCGGACUUGACACUGCCCUCCGAGCCCGCCUACCGGAAUUCAACGUCCCAUUAUCUUGCAAGAGUUCAGAACCUGUGGUUGUUGGAAAAUGGUAUUGUCCUUUCAUUUUUAUCAAAGAUGGAAGACCAAAAGAUCAGAUGGCUAGAUCAAUGUAUUAUGAAAUGACACUCGAACAAAGAUGGGAACAAAUUUAUGCAUGUGACAAUGGCUAUAAUGAAGAUAAUGUUGCGACAGUAGAUGUUACAGUUGAAAGAGAAGUAGUUAGAGUUGAUGGGAUGGAGGCUUUGCAAAACAUUGGGAGGGAAAUGCUUGAUGGGGUGAUGUGGUUUAGGAGCUCUAACCAAGUGGGAGGGGAAGUAGCUGUUGGGUUAAGUAUGGCAAUUUUUGAGAGAAUGAAGUGGGAACAAGAAAGGUUUGGGUGGACUAGUGGGAAUGAAACGCAAGAGAGAAUUAAAAGAGUAGAGGAAUCUGGAAGAGAUGGUGGGUGGAACAAAUUUGGGUGUUAUGUGUUGGUAGAAAGGUUUGUGUUGAGAAGAAUAGAUGGAAGUUUGGCAUUGACCUAUGAUUUCAAGCAUACUCAUCACAUUAGAAGCAAAUGGGAAUGAUGGUUUCUGCAAUUUUUUUUUGUUACUCCAAGAAGUUUCACCGAUCAUGAUUGUCUAAUUUGAUUUACAUUAGUAGAGUGAGAAUAUAAUUAGGUGAUUGUAAUUGUAAUGAAGUUAUUCUUUUUUCUUUGUAUUUUCCAACGAAAUUUGUUUUGUCUUGUACAAAGGACAUCAUUUAUUGGCAAAAGCUCUAGAAAGACAGAGAAAGGAUGCAAAAGGAA